UAAAAGAUGAUGAGUACUUAAUUUAUUUAUAUUAAUUCAAUCCAUAUUAUUUUUAUAAAGGUUAAAAAUGUCAGAUGUUAACUCUGAAGCACCAGUUAACUCUGAAGCACCCGUUAACUCUCAAGUACCAUUUGAGAGUGAUGCGUCACAACAUUCAUCGCCAGCUAUGAACGCACCUACGAACUCACCGUCUCCCCUCUCUAAUCAACACGUUAUUGAUUUAGAAGAGUCUAAUACUACUUGUGGAGGAACUAAAAGAAAACCAAGUAUUGUGUGGGAACAUUUUAAAAAACAAGUCAAUGGGGUGUGGAAGGCAAUAUGUAAUUAUUGUAAUAAGCAUCUUGGAGGUGAUUCAAAAAAUGGAACUAGGCAUUUGCAUGAUCACCAUAAGAGUUGUACUAGGAAAAAAGUGAUGGACAUGAGGCAAAAAGUGUUAACUAACAACUUUAGUAGAGAGAUUCCAAAAAUGAAUUCUUAUAUCUUUGAUCAAGAUUUUGCUAGGAAAGAGUUGUCACAUGCCAUAAUCUUGCAUGAAUAUCCCCUCUCUAUCGUAGACCAUGUUGGUUUUAAACGAUAUUCAGCAGCACUUCAACCAUUGUUUAAAGUGCCUUCCCGAAAUACGAUAAAGAGUGAUAUUUUAAAGAUUUAUGAUUAUGAGAGGGUGAAGACAUUGAGUUUGGUGGAGCAUAAUAAAAGUAGGGUGGCAAUCACAACUGAUAUGUGGACUGCUAGCAAUCAAAAGAAAGGAUUCAUGGCUGUCACCGCACACUUUAUUGAUGAUUCAUGGACAUUGCAAAGUCGCAUUUUGAGGUUUAUUUAUGUUCCAUGUCCACACACAAAAGAAGUUCUUUGUGAUACUUUGCUUGAGUGUAUGAUGGACUGGAAAAUUUUCUUGUGUGCUGCUGGACACAUGUUUUGGUUGUGUUAUUUUGUUGCUACAGGAUGCUUUAUUUAUGGAUGUUGCUACAGAUUUAUUGAUGUUGCUACAGAUGAUGUUUUUUAA